ACAGAUUGCAUCUUACUGGAAAAAUGCUCUGCUUCAUUUCUUUUCACGAAACCACCCGAAGUAUACGAUUCUUGCUCACAGACUGAUUGCUGGCAUUAAUGGAUUUCUCCCGGAGAGACUCAGACAAGACUUACUGUUCAACAGAACAGUAAACAUGAAAGGUGGGGUGGAUAAGAACCUAGAGGCUGAUCUUGUCAACGAGUUCUUAAACAGAGAAUUCAAGGAAAGCAUACGGCAAGUUGGAUCCAAAUUAACGCCUACAACAUUAGCCCGCCAUGGAAAGCUUGCCGGUGGAGUUGGGAAAGCGUUGGAUGUGCUAUUUGGGGAAAUGACUGAUGCAGACAUACCUGACGUUAAAACAGGCUCAAGAAAGGACGAUCGGUUGAAUGACAUUAAGUACUUUGUCGAGUUGCUUCAGCCGGAACAACUCACAAAACCUAUGAAAGAACGAAAGUUCAAAUCGUUCCAAAAAUUGAACAUUUUAGAAAAGAUAAAUAGGGACAAGUUUAUGACAAAGAUGAAGCUAUUGUCAUGUAAGCUUGAUCGAGCUCGUAGAGUCUCUUCUUAAACAGGGCUCAGUCCUUUGAAUACGGGGCAUGAUCCAGAAUUACCCGAUAUUUCUUCACAAUUUUUAUAAUUAUACAAUUAUUGCAAUUCAACUUUUACCAUUGUGAAGCUAAACAUUUUAUCUUAUAAAUUUGUUAUUUAGAUCUUUCAUUAUAACUGAACAUAACUUCAAAAUUCUCUUUUUGUAACCAUAGUAACGUCUAUGCGGCGCAGGUCAAAAUUUAUAACAUUAAAUUGUUUUUAUAUUCACACUAUUUGAUGAAAACUUUGUGCCGUUUUAAGUCUAUACUGUAUAUUCGUCAAAUUUUAUAAAACAGAAAAUAUUUAUCUAAAGCUCAGUUUUUUUCACUAAUGUUGUAGGCCAUUUUCAAUAAUAAAACAUACAUCUAUGUAAAUUUCUCUUUAUAAGUAAUAUGUAACCUAUAACCUGUAUGUUCAAAGUCACAUUUAUGAAGCAUUCUGUAAAACAACAUUAUCCAUACUUUUGAAUACUAUGUUUAUCUAUGUCUCUGGUUUAAUUGCUAUAAACUUUGUUAUAAACUUUGUUCACUGAUUUUUCAAGUUUUUUCCCUAAAUACUGUAUGAUAUUGCAAUAUAGUUUGUUUACUGUGUCUUCAAUUAUUUUCUUUAAACAAAAACAACACUAAAAUAAAUUUCUCAAAAUUUAGUAGCAUGUUACCGCAUAACGGUAAAGCCACUAAAUUUUCGAAGUACACCUUACGGUACAGUAGUGCAAGUCUUCCUCGGGGAGGUAGGGAAAGGUAAACUUUCAAAACAAAAAGAGUAAAUAUUGAGUUUUGACGAAUUGCGGUGCCUUUUCUUGAUUGUUUUUUCGCUAAAUAAUGUUAAAUGAUAUAUUUUAUGUUUAUUAACGUAUUAUUACCAAGGAAUUUGUAUAUUUGUGUAAAAGCGUUUUCCACCCUAUAA